AUGGGCGAAGUGAAGUUGAUUGGGUCAACUAUAAGCCUAUUCUGCACUAGAAUUGAAUGGGCUCUCAAGCUUAAAGGGGUUGAAUAUGAAUACAUAGCAGAAGAUUUACAGAACAAGACUUCAGUUCUUCGAAAAUCAAAUCCUGUGCAUAAGAAGGUUCCUGUGCUCGUUCACAAUGACAAACCCAUUGCUGAAUCACUGGUAAUUUUGGAAUACAUAGAUGAGUUGUGGAACGAGAAGCCUUUGUUGCCUGAAGAUCCAUGUGACGGAGCCUUGGCUCGAUUCUGGGCUAAAUUCUGUGAUGAAAAGUGUUUGAUGAGUGCAUUUGGAGCUUGCUCGAAAGGAGGAGGAGAAAAGGACAAAGCAGUGGAGUCUGCAAUAGAAUCGUUUGCCUUUCUUGACAAGCAGAUUGAAGGAAAGAAAUAUUUCGGUGUACAAGAAAUAAGAAAUCUACAAUCUUGGUAUAAUUUUACUCACAACCAACAAGAGGAAUCAUCAAUCAUCCACACAAGGAACAAGAAAGCUCAGCUCGUCUUUAUUCCUACACCAGGCAUCGACCACCUCUUCUCCGCCGUGGACCUGGCUAAGCUUCUCGUCCACCACCUCUCCAUCACCGUCCUCAUCAUGAAACUACCUUCUCACUCUAAAGUCAGCGCCUACCUCGACUCAGUCUCUGCAGCCAACCGUAUCAACUUCGUUCAUCUUGCAAACGAUCACAUUCCACUUCCUGGAUCCAAUCCCAGAAAAUUCUUCCCUUUAUAUAUUGAAUCUCAUAAACCCCACGUCAAAGCAGCUGUCUCUAAGCUUCUUCAUUCCGAGUCAGCCUCCGAUGACUCACCCAGACUCGCUGGGUUCGCUCUCGCAUGUUUUGUACAGUCAUGA